CGUCAAUAGAUCAACAGAGCAGUAGACGAGAGCAAGGUCUCAUACUAGAUGCGAAGAAGACGUCCUCGUUGGCACCAUCAGGUUCUUCAGCAGGAGCGAGCAGUUCUACUUCCAGCCGACUUCCACUGCGGAAACAACAAGAGCAAAGAGUAGAAACGCAGAGCCAGCUGCAUCAACUCCCUGACGUCGAUGAGAAGUUUGGCGAUUCCGACAUUAUUGCCCAGCUGGAGGAAGAUGAACGUGCUGACCUUAGCGAGGCCUUUGAACGGAUGAAUCUUCAAUGCCAUUCGCCAAUUCCAGGUGACGAUAAGGAAUGGGACCAUGGUAAGAUUGUCACAUCUACAACUGCAUCUUCAAGUGCCAACAUCAUAGCAAACACGCCAUCCUCUACUCUGCCGUCAUCACCUGCACCUGCACUAGCACAGUCGUCUACUCAGUCUGCUUGUGCUCCAGCUGAAGAAGGUUUGGACGAAAUUGCGCCAGGACAGCAGCUGGCUUUUCCGUGGUGUCUUUUAGUACCAGAAGGAGAGAGGGGAGUGCGAGUAAAUGACUCGUCUCGUGCUCCUGCAGAUGAAGCUUCUAGUUCGCUGGACGAUGAACUAGAUUUUGUUGUGCCUAGCGUAGCAGAUAAUGAUCUUCGACCAACAGCUACUGCAGAUAAUGAUCUUCGAAGAACGCCCAGCAGGACGGAUAUGAUACGAGAGCAACCUCGUAGGAGAGGUGGAUCCAGCAGACUCGGUCAACGAUUUUCAAGCAGAGCGAAUGAAGUGUUGAGAUGUGCGCAAGCAGUAGGUGAGCG